AUGGCCGGAGGCAAGCUCUCCCUUUCCGCAAGCUCGCCCAGGGUCGACUUCCAUGUCGAUAUGGGGAAUCCCUUCCUCAACCGCGCCGCCGACGGCUUUUUGACGAUCGGAGCGGUAAUGUCUCGGCAGCACCUCCUUCUCCUCCUCCUCUACCGAUGUAUGGAAUCCAUUUUUUGUUUCCUUGAUAGGCGAUCUUUCCCUCUUUCGCAGGUGGCGGUUACCAAGGUUGUGGCGGAGGACACCUAUCACUGCCUCCGGAAAGGUUGUUUUCCUCGUUUCUUUCCCGAUCUGGAAUCAUUAGAUGGGGCAUCUGGUUUCUCCAUCGACGGUUCACUUUGCCUGACGUUCACAGUUCAUUGAGAUGUGGCUCGGUUUACCACACAAAAGAAUGAGUGAUGUUCAGAAAUGACGAAAUGUAGGAUUUCAGAGGCCAGAGAGAGGAUGUAUAUGAGCUCUUUUAAAAUAUUUAUCUAAUGUCCACCUGUAUGUGGAGCUGUUCUGAUGUUCAAACCGCAGAUCGUGCAGACCAGGAAGGAACAAGCAAGGUUUACUGGUUUCUGUUUGUUCUAAUUCUCUGCGCAGGCAUGUCAAUCAGGCGUGAAGCGUUCCUACAUAAAAUCCUAUGCAAGCUGACAAAACAGGAAUUCCUCUUUUUGACGGGAACUGCGGUCAUGCAUCUCUCUCGUCAGCUGCUAAAAUAUUUUAAGAUAUUCGAAGACGAAUCUAGUGAACAUCAUAUCUCUGGUGCUUCAGAAUAAAAUAUCCCUCUGAAACUGGAAUGGGCUUGCAUUCACGUUUUCUCUAUUUUAUUUUGUCUGAUGAUGAAAUUAUUGGGUAACACAUUUCUUAAUUCUGCUUUGUUCGAUCUGUCACAGGGAGCGUUUCGGAGCACACAUUGAAGGAAACAGUGAGUGCUCGGGCCUUCUCUCUCUCUCUCUCUCUCUCUCUCUCUCUCUCUCUCUCUCUCUCUCUCUCUCUCUCUCUCGCUCGCUCGCUCGCUUUCUCUCCCUAAAGAGUCUUAAUCAUAAUUGAGUUCAUAUUUUCCAUACUCUCCCAUACUGAAGGGGUCAGAAUGUUUGAAGAGAAUCUAAACACCAAGUAAACCCACGGAAGUAUUGACUAGCUUGGUCUGCGGCAUCUGUCCUUUUGUUUCCUCAUCAUGCUGCAGAUCCAUGCGCCAUCCAUUUCAAUGUUGCGACCCGGUGGUGACGGCCCCGAGCAGUUUUACAACCCCACCCACCAUCUGUUCAUACUCCUAUCGAGACUCGAACGAUUUCGUUCCAUGCUAAGAGAAAACAACAAAUUUUUCCUUAACAAUCAUUUGAUUCCGGAUUUGAUGGCGUGUGUUUAACUGAACCAUUCUCUAUUUUUCGCCGAUCAGGAGCAUCAACAUAUGGCGACAAAGUGUAAUAACUCAUCAAUGGAGGCCAUUCUCUUUCUUCAAUAUCGCCAAAGUAAAUGAUAAAGAUUAGGUUGAAUAUUCUGAAAUGGUUUUCAUUAUCUACACGAUGUAUCAUAUGCCAUACCAUAGUUCUUGCCUCUUUGCAUAGCAGUGAGUGUUAACACUAAAUACUAAUAGAAUAAUCUACAGAUUUCCAGUGUUUGAACUAUUCUGUAAUACCAGAGGAACCUCAAACGCCUUUCCAAUAUCUUCAAACGCUUUUCCUGAGAACUUUGUGUCGCUUAAAAAGCUCUGUUCUUCAGAAGGGAAUAUUUUUAUUAUUCAUGAUGGUAAUUUCCUGUCUCUGCAGUUCAAGAAGAUGUGCAAAGAAGGUGCCUACUGGGGUAAGCUCGAAUUUCUUUCUCGGGUGAUUGAAUCAGUUUGUUCAUCUUUGGCAUUCUAAACAUUGGACGUAUUUGGAAAGUAAAUCCAUAUCUUAUAGCCGAUAUUGACUUUCAACACUCCAAAAUAUUUUCUUCUAGUGGCUGACUGGUGCUAGCUUACAAGGAUAAAAUUGCCAAUUUUUUUCUCAUGGCAUUCUUCCUGAUUGAUAUCGAGGGGUCUCUCCUGCUUCUGAAGGUGCCCCCAUUGUCUAGGGACCCAUCUUUGACUUUGACCCUCCACUAAAUCAGCUGGUUUUAGAAAUCCGUGGCACGUGUCAAAUGUUUUGACCUCGGCGUUUGACUGUCUUCGUUUCAAUGCAAUUCAAUGGCGCAGGAGCCGUAGGUGGAACGUAUGCCGGUAUGGAGUACAGCAUUCGAAGGAUCCGAGACAGAAAUGACUGGGUCAGUCUCCUCUCUAGAGUUCCUUCUCUCUCUUAAAACUCAUCGCAAUCCCUGCCAAGGAGCAUACCAUCUUCUCUCUGUAGAGAUCGCGCAUCUAGUGAUUACCUUAUCAUGGGUUAGCUUGAACUUACGUUCCCGUUAUUGUAAAUUUGGCACCAUAUUUUCUUGAUGUGGAGAGAUUUUUCUAUAAAUGGAAGCUCGAACAAGGAGGACGGAUCGUGGAGAUGCUAAAAUUAGGGAUCUCUUAAGGCCAAGUGGGUUAAUGAAAAGUCAGCUAGGAAUCCAAAUCUGCCGAAUCACUCGUGCUAUGAUCUUCUACACUAAAUUAUUAUGCUUCAUUUUUCUUUUUCUUUUUCUUUUUUUGGGCAGAAAAACGCGCUGCUUGGGGGGUUCAUAACGGGGGCGCUGGUGUCGGCUGCCUCGAAGAAGAGCAGAGACGAGGUGGUGAAGGGCGCCAUCACUGGCGGCGCCGUGGCAACCGCCGCCAGGUUCAUCAACCACCUCGGCUGA